AUGGGAUCAGGACCGUAUUUUUACAUCUAUGGAUCUAAUGGAGCUACGCUGGUGAGCAUCUAUUGUCAGAGCAGAGGCUGGCAGCGUAUCUAUGACAACAGAAGAGAGGAUUAUGCACUGAAAUGGUGUGAAAUCAAGUGCCCAGAGACCUAUUACCAUUUCAAAGAAGGUAGAGGUGCCCGUGGGUUACUGAAGAUGGAAGAAUUCUUCCCAGAAUCUUUUCGCCUGGACUUAAAAGAAGAGAGAAAUGCCUUUUUUGGGCUUUGCAAAGAAGAACAGAUCUGGAUCUGCAAACCGAAUUGCUCUAACCAAGGCAAAGGGAUUUUACUGCUUAAAAAUCCAGCUGCUGUCAACACCCUUCGAGCCAAGCUUCACAGCACUGAGGAAUACCUGCUCAACAAGAGGGUGCUGUACAAGGCUGCCCAGGCCAGAAUAGUGCAAAGGUACAUUCAUCAGCCUCUGCUCCUGGAAGGGAAGAAGUUUGAUGGCCGGUCUUACCUCCUCAUUGCCUGCACAGCACCGUACGUGGUGGUUUUUGCCCAAGGUUACGUCAAGUUGGCCUGUGUCGCUUACGACGCCACGUCGGAUGAGCUGACGGUUCAUCUCACCAACCAGUCCAUGCAGAAGAAGAACUCCCUGUACGGCCAGCUGAAAGAGGAGACAGUCUGGCGGAUGGAGCACUUCAACAGCUACGUUAAUGAGAAGUUCACAGAAACCCACGGCCUCCCCAAAGACUGGGUUUUCACUGCGUUUACUAAAAGGAUGAAGCAGAUCAUGCUGCAGUGUUUCCUGGCAGCCAAGCACAAGCUGGACCGCAAACUGGGCUACUUUGAUCUCAUCGGCUGUGACUUUUUAAUUGCUGAAAACUUUAAG